AUGGACAUGACCGGCUCCGACCAGCAGCGGAGCUCCCCGUCCUCGCCGUCGUCCUCCUCGCACCUGAAGCGUCCUGCCGGGCGUACCAAGUUCAAGGAGACGCGCCACCCGGUGUACCGCGGCGUGCGGCGCCGCGGCAGCGCCGGCCGGUGGGUGUGCGAGGUGCGCGUCCCCGGCAAGCGCGGCGAGCGGCUCUGGCUCGGCACGCACCUCACUGCCGAGGCGGCCGCGCGAGCGCACGACGCCGCCAUGCUCGGCCUGAUCGGCCCCUCCACCCCGUGUCUCAACUUCGUCGACUCCGCUUGGCUCCUCGCCGUGCCGUCCGCGCUCUCCGACUUUGCAGACGUCCGGCGCUCGGCUCUCAGCGCUGUCGCGGACUUCCAACGCCGGGAGGCCACCAGCGGCGCCGCCACCACGUCCCUGGCCGCCACCGUCCCCGUCGAUGACGGAAGCUGUAGCCAAUCCGCGCAGUCGUCCAUGGAAAAUACCGGCUCGUCGUGGACGUCGUCCCUACCUUCUGGCGACGGAAUGUUUGCGGUGCCGGCCACACUGGGCUGCAACAUGUUCGAGCUGGAUAUGUCCGGGGAAAUGGACCUGGACACAUACUAUGCGUACUUCGCGGAGGGGCUUCUCCUCGAGCCGCCGCAACCGCCGGUCGCCGGCGCGUGCUGGGACACCGAAGGCGGCGGAGCAGACGCCGCGCUCUGGAGCUACUAA